UCGGAGAAACCUCUCCUGCAGGGUACCCUAAGGGGAUGGGGGGCGGGGAGAGGGCUGUCACCUCUGCCUCUCGCUUGCUUCCUGCUCGUGAUGCUCGCCCACCUUCCUGAGCCUUGGAGAUGUUCCUGGAAGGGCAGGGACUGUGUUCGUUGUUGUAUCCCUGUUGCCUAAUGUAGUGUCUUGCCUGAAGGGAAAUCAUUUUAUACUUCAGAAUUAGGACAGAUAUGUGAGAAUUCCCAUCAGCCAGUGUGGAUUUCUUUCUUCAAGCUCUUCCAAUACAACCAGCUAUAUAAGUUUCUCAAAUAACCCUUCUUGUGCCAUGUUCUGUGGCUUGCAUCAGAAGAGGAAUUUGUCUUCAUGAAGAUUCCUAACAUUGGUAAUGUGAUGAAUAAAUUUGAGAUCCUUGGGGUUGUAGGUGAAGGAGCCUAUGGGGUUGUACUAAAAUGCAGGCACAAGGAAACACAUGAAAUUGUGGCAAUCAAGAAAUUCAAGGACAGUGAAGAAAAUGAAGAAGUCAAGGAAACAACUUUACGAGAGCUUAAAAUGCUUCGAACUCUAAAACAGGAAAAUAUAGUGGAGUUGAAGGAAGCUUUCCGAAGAAGAGGGAAAUUAUACUUGGUGUUUGAAUAUGUGGAAAAAAAUAUGCUUGAAUUGCUGGAAGAAAUGCCCAAUGGAGUUCCACCUGAAAAAGUAAAAAGCUAUAUCUACCAGCUAAUCAAGGCAAUUCACUGGUGCCAUAAGAAUGAUAUUGUUCAUCGAGAUAUAAAACCAGAAAAUCUCUUAAUCAGUCAUAGUGACAUCCUGAAGCUGUGUGAUUUUGGUUUUGCUCGGAAUCUGUCAGAAGGCAACAAUGCUAAUUAUACAGAGUAUGUGGCCACCAGGUGGUACCGUUCUCCUGAGCUAUUACUUGGAGCUCCCUAUGGAAAGUCUGUAGAUAUGUGGUCUGUGGGCUGUAUUCUUGGGGAGCUUAGUGAUGGGCAACCUUUGUUUCCUGGAGAAAGUGAAAUUGACCAACUUUUUACUAUUCAGAAGGUGCUAGGACCACUUCCAUCUGAGCAGAUGAAGCUCUUCUACAGCAAUCCUCGUUUCCAUGGGCUUCGGUUCCCAGCUGUUAAUCACCCCCAGUCUUUGGAGAGAAGAUAUCUAGGAAUUUUAAGUGGUGUUUUGCUUGACUUAAUGAAGAAUUUACUGAAGUUGGAUCCAGCAGACAGAUACUUGACAGAACAGUGUUUGAACCAUCCUUCAUUUCAAACCCAGAGACUCUUGGAUCGUUGUGGAACUUCACCUUCACGAUCAGCAAAGAGAAAACCAUACCAUGUUGAAAGCAACACAUUAUCUAAUAGAAAUCAAGCCAGCAAAAAUGCUGCUUUGCAGGUACAUCACAGAUCUAACAGUAAGGAUAUGCAGAAUCUGAGUGUUGGACUUCCUCGGAAUGAAGAUGUUCUUCCAGCAAGUGAAAGCUUCCUCAAUGGAAGCCUUUCUGGAGCUUCUCAUAGUCCCAUGCACACCAAACCCUAUCAAACAAGUAACCCACCUGGAUCUGCAAACAAAGAUCUCACCAAUAACAACAUUCCACAUCUUCUUAGCCCGAAAGAAUCAAAAUCAAAAACAGAAUUUGAUUUCAGUAUUGACCAAAAGGCCUCUGAGGGCCCAGGCACAAAAUACCUUAAGUCAAACAGUAGGUCUCAGCAGAAUCGACACUCAUUUAUGGAAAGUUCCCAAAGCAAAACUGGAACAUUACAGCCUGGUGAAAAGCAUGGACGGCACAGCUACAUAGACACUAUUCCCCAGUCCUCUAAGAGUCCUUCUUAUAGGGCAAAGGCCAAAAGUCAUGGGGUUCUGACUGACUCCAAAUCUGUGAGUAACCUUUCUGAAGCCAGAGUUCAGAUUUCUGAUCCCAAUAGCAGCAGGUAUUUUCCAUCUAGCUGCCUAGACUUGAACUCUCCCACCAGCCCAACCCCUCCCAGGCACAGUGACAGUAGAACUUUGCUUAGUCCUUCUGGGAGAACUAAUCGAAGUGAGGGCACACUGGACUCACGGCGAACAACAGCAAGACAUUCCAAAACAAUGGAGGAGUUGAAAUUGCCCGACCACAUGGAUGGAAGCCAUUCACACUCACUGUCUGCACCACAUGAAUCUUUUUCCUAUGGUCUAGGCUAUACCAGCCCUUUCUCUUCCCAGCAGCGGCCUCAUAGGCAUUCCAUGUACGUGACUCGAGACAAAGUGAGAGCAAAAGGCUCAGAUGGAGGCUUGAACAUAGGGCAAGGGAUGGCAGUCAGAGCCAACAGCCUGCAACUGUUAUCACCACAGGUACAACUUAGGCUAUUCACCAAAUCUGUUGGCACAUCACAGGAAGAUGGUGCAGAGGAUUGGAAUAGGCCAGGAGAACAAAUCCCCACAGAGCUAAGUGUAUCUCGGUCUUCAGCUAAAGAAACCUCUCGAGAAGGCACAUCUUCAUUUCACUCACGGCAAAAAUCUGAGGGUGGAGCCUAUCAUGACCCCCACUCAGAUGAUGGAGCAGCCACAAAAGAAAACAGACAUCUGUAUAAUGAUCCUGUUCCUAGAAGAGUUGGUAGUUUUUACAGAGUUCCAUCUCCACGUCCUGAUAAUUCAUUCCAUGAAAAUAAUGUACCAUCCAGAGUUGCUUCUCUGCCAUCAGAGAGCAGUUCUGGGACAAACCAUUCAAAAAGACAAACAACAUUUGAUCCGUGGAAAAGCCCUGAAAAUAUUAGUCAUGCUGAACAACUAAAGGAGAAGGAGAAGCAGGGCUUUUUUAGAUCCAUGAAAAAGAAAAAGAAGAAAUCUCAAACAGUGCCCAACACAGAUGGUCAGGAUCUUCUGGCAUUACAGAAAGCCAUUCAUUCGACUAAUCACCAAAGCAGCCGGCCGAAGGAGUGGCGUCCUGAGAAGAUCUCAGAUCUUCAAGUUCAUAGUCAGCCAUUAAAAUCACUCCGUAAGCUGUUACAUCUCUCUUCCACCUCAAACCAUCCUACUUCCUCGGAUCCCCGCUUUCAGGCCUUACCAAGUCAGCAAGCCAAAAGUUCCUUUUCGGAAGUACGGAUUCACCCUAUGAGCCAAGCUUCCAGCAGCAGCAGCAGCAGCAACGUCCGAGCUGAGGCCACUCCAAAGGCCAGGCCCACACUUCAGCUGCCGGGGCAGAUUGACCCAGGCUGGCAUGUAUCCCCUGUGAGCAGGAGUGCUAACGAGGGGCCUUCCUACUCUGAACAGCUGGGUUCUAAGAGUGGGCCAAACGGGCACACAUAUAACAGAACAAAUCGAUCACGGAUGCCAAAUCUGAAUGAUUUAAAAGAGACAGCCUUGUAAUUAUGCUCCAGGGGAUAGGGAGGAAAAAGCCAACUCCCUGGGGAGAGGGGUGGGGAGGAAGGGAUAGGGUAGGUAGGGCCAAGGGUGGUAAGCCAGUAUUUUCAGCCUCACAAAGGUGUGCAAUAUUGUGUAUGUGGAGCUGCAUUGUUGAGCACCAUAUUAGUCGUCAGGGAUCAUAUAGUAAAUGAGCUGAAUUACUGAUUGCCAGUCACCAGAAGUCUCCCUUGAUGGAGUUCAGGAAGAAGUUGCCUGGUUGUCUCCCCCUGCCUCUCACCCCUCCCUUACAUUCCAGCUUUAGUGUGCUCCCUGGUGAAGCUGGGAAGCUAAAGCAUGCCUUGGCACUUCAAGGGAUGGAAAAAUUAAGUGUCUCAGCCUACGUCCUUACCACAUACUUUCUGCCUAGUUGAAAUGUGGGAUUUAUGUAAUCCAAGCCUAUCCCUUUCUUUCAAGGGUCAAAAGUCGAAUUGUAUGUCUUAAAUUUGUUUUUUUUUUUUAACUUCCAUAUUUGAUAGGUUUGUAACAUUUAUUUAUGAUUAACUAAUAUUGUACUGUUAUAAUCAUACCUUUUAUGUUACAAUAUAAAGUUAUUUUAAGCUGUUUGAAACAUUGUGAAGCAGUGCAACAGCUACAGUAGUUUCUAUAAAAACUAAACAGUAACAUUUAUAUAUUGCAUCAGGAGUAUUCUAUAUAUAAAUAUAUAUGGUAAAUACCUGUCUGUUUUAUAAAUAUCUUCAUUUAAAGAAAGUAUUGUUAUGACACUAUCUGCCAUAUUUUUAUACAUUUGUGAUAUAAAGUGCAGUAUUAUACUUCUAAUAAAAGGGAGUUGAAUUGUGGCCAUAUAUGACUGUAACAGUAUGAAUCCUGCUCACCUGUAAGAGUGCAGCCCUCAAGGCAUGAUCAGUAGCAGCAAAAUGUGUGCCAUCUAUUUCUAGCCCUGCUAGAAGGAAAAGAAAAACAAAAGGAUGAGGGACUGCCCAGCUAGCUGCAUUGUAAUGAAGACCUCAGGCAGUUUUUUUUCCCCAGUCCAUGCAUGAUUAGCUCCCCUUUGUGUUUGGUAUCACAUUUCUUGGUACAGAGAAAGUGCCCCUUAAAAACCACAACUAAAAACAGAUGCUCUUCCUUGGAAUGUUAUGGGGUAUAGACCAAAGAAAUCCAACAUGAUUUGUAAGCGUAAUUUCAAAGUUGUGAAUUUAUAUAAGAUAGACUACAAAUCAUGACGUAUCAGGUUUAUGCUUAGGUAUAGUAUUCAUUUGUAUUGUGUUGGGUAACUAGAUAGUACAUUAAUGUAGUAUUCUGAUUUAAAAUGCUGCUGUGCUUUUUUGGUUGCUAUUUUUGAAUAAAUUUUAAGGCUUCAGAAGCAGUGAAAUCUAGUUAUAGAAAAAAUUGUCACAUGCCCCAUUUUCCUCUAGGGUCUCAUUAGAAUACCAUUUCCAGUAAGGUUACCAUUGACACUGGCUUCAGGGACUUUUCCAAAUUUCCCACAAUAUGGUGGCAUUUAAGUAUAACAAAUCUAUAUAGUGUCAGAACAAUACCACUUUUUCUUGUCAUUCAUCUCCCCUCAUUCCCAAGUCACUCACAGAUGUCAUUGAGCCCUUUGACCCUUGUGUGACAGUAGCCAGUGAUUGUGCUUUAUGUGCAUUUUGUCCUGCUUCACCUAAACACAUUCACCUGUGCACAGUCCUCAAUUUUGGAAGUACCCAGUUGGCACCCCUUUUUGAAGAUUUCCCCCUCAUACACACACAUUUUUUCACCCCCAGGGUUCACUUUUAAAGAGUAUGCUUGUCUCCCCACUAACCCCCAAACCAUAUGACUUUGUCAGGGUUUAUUCCUACCAGAGUUCUGAGCGCAUCAGAUCCCAAAUCAGCUAUGACAGACAAAACAUGUAAUAAAUUGAACUGCUAUGGCUACAGUUUUCUUUAGGAUUCUGAAAAACUAGUAACCCUAAUCGUUAUGCACAGUACAAAAAAGGAGGCUCCAUUUCUCCAAGAGUGUCUGAAAUGUUAGAUUGUGUGUGUAUAUUGCAUUCUUAUUUAUAUUAUGAUUUCAUGUGUAUAGACUGUAUGUAGAACUCAUUGGUGCUUUUUGUUUCAUUUUCAAUAAAUAUAUUGGACACUAAAGAAAAACUUAAGGUGGGCUUGAUAUUGUCAUUGAAGCUAUUUGGUCUGAAAUCCAUUAAUGAUUUAGCAAGCUGUGCUUUAUUGUUUAUUUUUUAAUUGUUAGAUUUUCUCUCUUCCUCCAGUUCAGGACAUUUCAGCUGGCCCUGCAUUGUCUUGAACAGAAUUUGUUCUUCAGAACUACUCUGUCCUAUGUGAGAGUUAAAAACCUAGCAGCAUUUAUCUGAGUGCCUAUGACACUGGAAGCCUGCAUGUUCAACACUUUGACAGUAGGGCUACAACCCUUCCCACCACCUUCCUUAAAUGUUAGUAAACCCAUUUUCAGCAUAGAAGGGGUUGUAGAAGUGCCUUUGGCACUUGGAUUGGGGAGGGAGCCAUUUCCUGUUCACCCAUGCUUUAUGCUACUGGUGUCUCAUAUAUGGGAAUAUUUAUGUUGCUUAUUUUCUGAAGCAGGGUCGGAAGUUGUCAAAGUAAUCAAUCUUCUUCCAACUGCAAGUAAUAGGUGGCUAAAAGUACCUGUGAUAUAUUCCUGGAUCUGAACCAGAAAACAAGUACACUGUCAGUAGCAUUUUGGAAGUAAAUCUUUAGCCUCUCUUCUCCUCUUUGAAAUUUUUCAUUGAUCCUAGAUGUGAUCUCUAAAUUGAAUUGAUGGCUUAUCGUUUUCUUCCUACUCGUAGAAGGAACAAUCAAGUUUUCUCACAUACCUGGUUGGUUUCAAACCUGUCUUAGCUUAGAGCUAUUGUUUUCCCAGAGUACGGUCUGUUGCUCCUUCUCUCAAAGGCUUCUUCCUGAGUCAACAGUGACCUGUCGUUCCUGAAAAAAAAAAAUGCUAGAGAGAAAACUACAGAAAUUGAUAAGUUUAAUGUGUGAUGGAGAGUGUGUGCCAUCCAUACACUUAUUAGAUACUGUAGACCUUCUAAGAAUGAACUAAAUUAAGGCUUAAAAGGAAUACUGAGGCAUGUUUACAUAACCUAAGCUGUCUAGAUCCACUGAAGUUUAAAGUCACUGAUACAAUUUCCAGAAUUACCCUUUAUAUUAGGGAAAAUAAGUUUUUAGUCACUUAUGGAAUCAUUUCUCUUGUCCACCUUUAUUUUUAACCAUCAUUGCCAUUUUCUCUGUGAGACAUUCAAAUUGUACUUCACUCUCUCAGAUCUUUGAGGCUUGUACCAAUUGUUGUUGGGUAGUCCUUGGAGCCUAAGAGCAUGGUGAGGUAUUGUGCUUACAGAGUUCCCAAAUCACUUGGACCAGCUCACAAACUGGAUUUGCCAAGUUGACCCUCUUCCCCAAGUUUUGGAAUUGAUGACAUGGAUUUAGGGAGCUAACGCUCUGUUUCCAGUUGAAUCCUUGGAUAAAACCUCUCCUUUUACUCCUCAGUGCUGUUUCUGCCCAUUGGAAGGGGAGUUGUGUAUUUUGGAAGAAAUGGACCUAAGUGACCUCUUGAGAUGUUUUAAGCUUGAAAUUUCAGGUUAGUUCUUCCAGAAAGAUUUUCAGGCAGCCAGCUGAUUUGAGAGCAACAGCAACUUGGAAGUUUGGGGUGAUUUGCACCUGUUGCCAUGGGGGACCUGUAGAUUUUAGCAAAAAUUUACAGAGCAUAAUAGUCUUGGUUAUCCAUGCUUCUUGCUAGCUAUAAAAGAAAAAUGUCAUAUGCCAAGCAGAUUUGGAACCUAAAGUGUGCUGGUAGUAUGUUUAUUUUAGAAGUAUUUGUGCCUUUAUUUGUCAUGGUGAAAUCUUUGUAAAACAUGCUCUAGGUUGUAACUCCUUACAGUCUAACAGAAUAUUCUGAGCUUAGAGUUCUGCUGGUUAGUUUAUAGUAACAAAUAUAAUGGAAAAAUAUAUGUCAUGGUAGUACAAACUCAAUUCAGUAUCUUCAUAACCUGAAAAUAAGUGGUGUCUCCUAGAGGAAAAAAAAAAGUUUUCUCAUUCUUCCUACCUAACAUUACUUCUUUAAUAUCGUGGUAUUUACCAUUCUGUAACUUCAAAAACAUUUUUUUCCAGCUACAUAUAGAUUGUCCCAGAUACAACUUUUUUAAAAAAUAAAGUAAGAAUUAUUUUCUGGAAAGAUCUAAUUUUAGCCAUCAGAAUUCUGCUGGUAACAAUAUACCAGGAUCCUUAAAGGAAGAGAUAGUGGCAACUUUCUCAGCUCUGUUCCUAUAACUCUAAUACAAUAAAAUCUAUACAUUAUCCUGGUCCAGAUACACUCUCCUGAGACUACUGAUUUUAUAUCUGGAGGGCCAUCAUCUUCAACAUGGAUGGGUGUUUAACAACAUUACUAAACUACACAAAAACCCACACUCCUUUAUGACAUGAGAACAUUACAUAUACAUUAACAUUACAUACAUGAAGAUGAGCUCACAUAUACUAGAAUAUUUUCAUGUGCAUUCACACUUUUUUUUCUGCAUGAAUCAAUGCAUGAACAAAGGGAGCUCUCCUGUGAUAUGAACUUCUCUUUGAUGUAAAAGAAAGGAAUGUUGGGGCUAUAGUGGGACUGUUUAUACAACUCUAUAGGUAAGAAUGGGGUCUUUGGAAGUGUAUCUCUGAGGAUGAGUAGUUAGUUUAUUUUAAGAGUAUCCACUUCUCCAGUGGUAGUCCUGGAAAUCCUGGUGCUGACUCUCAAAAAGUUUUGGUUCAGAAAUGAUGAGCAAAUGCAAGAAAUACCAGGUUAUAACUGGGUCGCUUGCCUUUGUAGGUCCAACCAUGAUGUAGUAGAAAGGGUAGGUAAUGCAUUGAGUUUGUGUUUAUUUUUCAAUGCUUUUAUAGAUGAUAACUGUAAAGGUCCCAGGCUCAUGGACAUGCAUGGAACAACAACCAGCCACUACACAAAUACCUUUUCUCUAAAGCUCUGUUUAUCAUUCUGUGAUAUGUUAAAGUUGAUUGUAAGACUCAUUUCUGACGUUUGUUUAGUUUCCAUGAGUCAGUCAGUUUACUGGUGUGUUUGCUAUAGAAUACAAAGCGUCAUCAAAAUGUGGCUUAUUUUCCCAUGUAUUUACUUGUUAAGUUUGGAAUUUUUGUUUAUGUGCUGGAAAAGAUAUUUACCACUUUAGCUUUUCAGGGCUAAUAGAACUGAGCUGUAUUAAUAUGAUACUGUAUUAAUUUCUGUGUAGCAGGAGCCCCUCCUUGUCUUUUCUGCAGGGUCUGGAGUCCUUUCUCUUUUAGCCCCAUUUGGUCUUUGUGUCAAUGUAAGAUCAUCAUCUUGCACCUUAAAAUCAAUCUCUUUGUAGUAUUCAGAUUUAAAGUUGCCUUGUUUGCUUCUAUUCCAACACAUCCAGGAGAAAGAGGCCUUAUGUGUUCCUCCAUCUACCCUAUUUGUUGUUAUCUAUAGACCGUUGUAUUAAGAUUUCCUCAGGACUUCCUUUGGUUUUAAAUUAAUCACACUUCUUCAGGAAGUUGUGACUAGUUUCAUUUCAGCACAAGGACCAACUUGUCAUGGUGCUUUGCUUCAUUUCAAAUAAAAAGAGCCUUAGGAAUACAAAAGGUAGGUGAGAUGGUAUAUAUAAACAUACAGGAUGCUUUUUUGCCCGGUUUGCCAGAGGGUCCAGCUUGUCAAAGCGAUCAGAAUCACGAGAACAGAGAAAAUGUUCACUUCUGCAGAAUACAGCUCUCCAUGUAAACUUAGAAGAUACUUAAAAAAUAGGUAGCAAAGUUUUGUCUUUAUUUUGACAGUUUUCAUUAAAGAUGUAAAAUCA